AUGGGACAGGUCCCCUACCUUGGACUCUGCCUGCUGGGCUGCCUGAUCUUUCACCCCUCGGUGGAAGGUGCCAGCAAUUCCACCGUGGCCUCUCGGUCUCUGUGCGGCGAUGGGGUGCUCUACUACAAACGGCACUGCUAUGAGCUGCUGGGCCGUUCUGUCUCCUGGGCAACAGCAGAGAUCAAGUGCCAGGAGCGGAAUUCUGGGUCUCAGCUGGCUUCCAUUCUUUCUGCAAACGAGGGAGAAAUAAUUUGCGACUACCUGAAAAACUUUUCAUUCAACAGCGUCUGGAUUGGCCUGCAGGCGACACACAGCAGCAUGCAUCUGAUCUGGCAGUGGAGUGAUGGAUCCUUGUACAGUUGGCCUCUCUGGGAUGGAUUCGGCCCCAGCACUUCCAACUCCGCGAACAAGUGCAUCUCCCUGAACAACCUCCAGAACUCAAGUACCCACAAAUGGUCGCAGCGCUCUUGCUCAGACAGUUUGCCAUACCUGUGCAAAUAUAGGGCCAAGUUUUAG